UUUUCCUUUUUUUUUUUCCUUACAUCAUUCGAUCUGUCCGCCUGUCCAUUCGGACGCUGUCCAAGUCUAGGCUUUUUUCGUCGCUGUAAUCUACGCCUGUUGUUGUAGACUUCAUCAGCCUGCCCAUCCCCCAUCCAUCGCGACUGCUUCUUAAAGAACCUUCACAUCUUCACCAUAUCCAACUUCAUCCCCCUCUCCCUCCCCCAGACCAGAUAAAAAUAUAAUACCAUCCCAUCCCAUUCCACCAUCAGUUGAUCGCUCCUUUUUUCCUCAAGACAAAAAAACACAAACACAAACACCAAACACCAAAGAACAGGAAUCAGAUUUCCUCUCUUGACCGUAAUCAUACUCUAAAGUCCUUAACUGGUCUUUCCUAUCUCUCCUACAAAACCCAACCACUAUACUCUCAUCAUCAUCAUGAAGGCUAUCAUUCUCGUCGGUGGCUUUGGUACUCGUCUGAGGCCGUUGACCUUGACGCUCCCCAAACCUCUGAUCGAGUUUUGCAACAAGCCGAUGAUCGUUCAUCAGAUCGAAGCACUGGUUGCCGCCGGUGUGGAUGAAAUCGUAUUGGCGGUCAACUACCGUCCUGAGGUCAUGGUCUCUGUCUUGAAAGACACCGAGGAGAAGUAUGGGAUCCGGAUCACCUUCAGCGUCGAGACCGAACCUCUGGACACUGCCGGACCACUGGCCCUUGCUAAGGACAUCUUGGGCAAGGAUGACUCGCCAUUCUUCGUACUGAACUCGGACGUGACCUGCUCAUACCCACUCAAGCAGCUUGCGGCCUUCCACCAGGCCCAUGGGAAGGAGGGGACGAUCAUGGUGACCAAGGUGGAUGAGCCGUCCAAGUAUGGGGUAGUAGUCCAACUUCCGAACAGCUCGGCCAUCGACCGGUUUGUGGAGAAGCCGGUGGAGUUUGUGGGCAACCGAAUCAACGCUGGGAUCUACAUCUUCAGUCCGAAGGUGCUCGAGCGGAUCGAGGUGAAGCCGACGUCGAUCGAGAAGGAGACCUUCCCGGCGAUGGUCCGGGAGUCCCAACUACACUGCAUGGAUCUCGAAGGCUUCUGGAUGGAUAUCGGCCAGCCCAAGGACUUCAUCUCCGGCACCUGUCUCUAUCUCAGCCAUCUCAGCUCGAUCGGUGACCCGAACGUCAAGGACCAACAGACCCACAAAUGGGUCGUCGGCGGUAACGUCCUCGUCGACCCUACCGCCGUCAUCGACCCCACCGCUAUGGUCGGCCCUAACGUCGUCAUCGGCCCCCGUUGCGUGAUCGGUAAGGGCGUCAGAUUGCAACGUUGUGUGGUCAUGGGUGGCGCGCGUGUCAAGGAUCACUCUUGGGUCAAGAGCUCAAUUAUCGGUUGGAACUCCACCGUUGGCCGAUGGGUCCGAUGUGACAACACCACCGUCCUAGGCGACGACGUCAAUAUCAAGGAUGAAUUGCUUGUCAAUGGCGCCGCAGUCCUUCCGCACAAAUCUAUCUCUGCUUCGAUCACCGAACCUGCUAUCGUCAUGUGAAACCUUGGAACACUUGGCGUUCUUCAUUGACUGGUUGACCCAUUAGAUAAAAACACUCUUCCUAGAUUAUUUUCCUUUUCUUUCAACAAAAAUCAAAAACUUGCCACAAAAAAUACCGUGAUUUGAUGAUCAAUUUUUUUUUCUCAAGAAAAGAAACAAAGAAACGACAAAAAAACACACACAUACACACUUUAUGAUCUCUUUGUUUUCUUUACAUGCCCGACCCUAUACACACUGACCUUCAGAAGACAAUCUCUUUUUCCACAUGGACCGGUCUCUUUUUUUCCCUUUCUUUCCUUCUCUCUCUGUUUUUUUUUUUUGCUUCUCUUGAUCCCUCCUCGCAUCAUUCAUCCUCAUCAUAUUGAACACACGAUUCUUCCAUCCCUCCACACACACACACACACACAUCCAUGAAAAAGAAAGAAAAAAAAAUCAAAGAGAUUGGGUUUGGGUUGCUUGCAAACAAUGUCGUCCUUGAGGGGGAGGGGGGUGGUCGACGAUUGACAUCCACAAUCGCUUCCAACCCCGCCUCGAUGAACAAUCCGACUGUGCCUUUUUUUUCUGGCGGUCAAACAACCUCUUUUGGUGGCUGUGUUUGUUGGUUCAGAGCAGGAGCAGGAGCAGUAGGGGGGGGGGCGAACCAGUCGGCUCCUUGGCUUUUUCAUACCGACUGUCGAUUAGAUGCUUGUUUGCUUGUUUUUUGUUAUGCUACGAUACUUCUCGCUUAAUAUCUCUGUCGCCCACCACGACUCUCUCUCACUGCAUCCAGUCCACCCACCCAUUUAUUUUCUUUUCUUGUUGUCUGCUUCUUCUUUGUUUCUUGUUGAUGAUGUUGUGUUUGGUGUGGCGCUAGUAAUCCGAGACUCGCUCGUCAGUGGUUGUUUUUUUGAGGGGGAUCUGGAUCGGUCUUUUUCUUUUUGAGAGAGAGAGAGAGGUGGGUGGGUGAGGAGAGAAGAGAGUAGACACCGAGGGAGGCAGGCGGGAGGAUGGGCUGGGCUGGUGAUCGCCG